AUGAAGGCUUUCUCCCUCGUCACUCUGGCGACCGCCGUCAGCGGCCACGCCAUCUUCCAGAGGCUGUCGGUCAACGGUCAGGACCAGGGCCAGCUCAAGGGUAUCCGUGCCCCUUACAGCAACUACCCCAUCCAGAACGUCAACGACGCCAACAUUGCUUGCAACGCCAACAUCCAGAUCAAGGACAACAACAUCAUCAAGAUCCCCGCUGGCGCCCGCGUCGGUGCGUGGUGGCAGCACGAGAUUGGCGGUCCCUCGGGCCCCAACGACCAGGACAACCCGAUCGCUGCCUCCCACAAGGGCCCCAUCACCGUCUACCUCGCCAAGGUCAGCAAUGCCGCUUCUGCCUCGGCCUCGGGCCAGCAAUGGUUCAAGAUCGCCGAGCGCGGCGUCAACAACGGCGUGUGGGCCGUCGACGAGAUGAUCUCCAACAACGGCUGGCACUACUUUGACGUGCCGUCGUGCGUGGCCCCCGGCCAGUACCUGAUGCGCGUCGAGCUGCUCGCUCUGCACAGCGCCAGCACCGCCGGCGGCGCCCAGUUCUAUAUGGAGUGCGCCCAGGUCGAGAUCACCGGCUCCGGCACCAACUCGGGCUCCAACUUCGUGUCCUUCCCCGGCGCCUACCCGGCCAACCACCCGGGCAUCGUGGUCAGCAUUUACGACAGCACGGGCAAGCCGACCAUGAACGGCCGCACCUACCAGAUCCCCGGCCCGGCCCCGAUCUCGUGCUCCGGCGGCAACAACGGCGGCGGCAGCAACCCCACCACCACCGCCGGCGGCAGCCAGCCCACUGGCGGCAACGGCGGUGGCAGCGUCCCCCUGUACGGCCAGUGCGGCGGCAACGGCUACACCGGCCCGACCACCUGCGCCCAGGGUACCUGCAAGGCCUCGAAUGAGUGGUACAGCCAGUGCACUCCGUAG